GGACAAUUUUCGUGCAUUUACUUUCUGAGGGUGACUAUUUGAUAGCGAAGUUUUUCCUUCAUUGUGUAAGGCGUGAAUAUCCUCAAAAUUACCACACACACACAAAUCUCAAAAUGUCCGGACUCGACACGUACAAGACGCCCCUCGAUGGCAGAUACGCCAGCGAGGAGGCCAAGAAGCUGUUCUCCCAGCGCAACCGUCACUCCACCUGGAGACAACUCUGGCUUUGGUUGGCCGAGAGCGAAAAGGAGCUUGGCAUCGACGGAAUCUCUGAGGAGGCUUUGGAGCAAAUGAGAGCUCACCUGACAUUGACCGAUGAGGACUUCAAGGUGGCUGCCGUUGAGGAGAAGAGACGUCGUCAUGACGUGGUGAACGUUCACGCUUUCGGCCAAGUUGCGCCUGCCGCCGCCGGCAUUAUUCACCUCGGGGCAACGAGCUGCUUCGUCACUGACAACGCAGAGCUCAUCCUGAUGAGAAAUGCUAUGGACCUUCUCUUGCCCAAGCUGGCCAAGGUCAUUCACAACCUCUCCCAGUUCGCUCUUCAGCACAAGGAGCUCGCAACUCUGGGAUUCACCCACUACCAGGCUGCACAGCUCAUUACCGUGGGACGUCGCGCCGCACAAUGGAUCCAGGACUUGUGCAUGGACUUGAAGAACAUCGAGACCGCGCGCGAGCGUUUGGCCUUCCGUGGUGCGAUGGGCACCACCGGAACCCAAGCUUCCUUCAUGGAGAUCUUCCAGGGCGAUGGUGCCAAGAUCGACAAGCUCAACGAUCUUCUCUGUGAGAAGGCCGGCUUCCCCAAGACCUACGACAUCUCCACGCAGACUUACACCCGCAAGACGGAUCUCGACGUCAGCAACGCUAUUUGCGGCCUGGGUGCGACCGCCAUGCACAUCACCAAUGACAUCCGUCACCUCGCCCACUCCAAGGAGAUGGAAGAGCCUUUUGGUGAGUCAUUGAUAGACCCCCCUACCCCGGAAUCCUUGCAUCCUCAAGGGACUUCUAAGGCGUACAAGAGAAAUCCCAUGCGCAGCGAGCGCAUCUGCUCUCUCGGACGCAAGCUGCGCUCUUUGCCCGCCAACUUCGCGGACACGUACGCAGACCAGUGGUUUGAGCGAACACUCGAUGACUCUGCUAUCCGCAGAAUAGACAUCCCUGAGGUAAAUGCCAUCCUUCUCGGACUCGACAACGUCACGUCCGGCCUGGCAACCGAGAACAUCAUCAUGAAGAUCGUCGCCAAGGGCGGCUCGCGCCAGGAAGCCCACGAGGAGAUCCGCGUCCUGUCCCACCAGGCCGCCGACGUCGUCAAGAAGCAGGGCGGCAAGAACGACCUCAUCGAGCGCAUCAAGGCCACCGAGUACUUCAAGCCCGUCUGGGACUCCAUCGACCAGCUUCUGGACCCCAACCUGUUCACCGGCCGUUCCGCGACCAUGGUCCAGCGCUACUGCGGCGAGGGCGGUCCCGUCCAGGAGCAGAUCAAGCCCUACGCCGAGUACAUUAAGAACACUGGCGCUGCUGAACUCAACGUUUAGGUUGAGAUGGGUUGUGCCGACUUAGGUUCUCUUGGACGGAGACCAUGGCUGGCAAUCAUGUCGGUUGUAAGUCAGCGGUUCGCUUGCUUUAGAUUGAUAUGAGAGGGUAUGAAAAGAGCGCUUUCGCGGUCUGGCCGUUAAUACGGCUGCCACAAGUGCUACCUAAAAUUGUUCAUGAUUGCGUCUCGUAGGAGAGAAAAAAAGGAAAAUAUAGACUGGGAUUUACGGAUCGUUGGUGACCAAGCGAUGUUGAACAUCGACGUGAGCUAUGCUGAACAGAGUUACAAGUAUCACAAGGUAGUCAAGAGCGUGACAACAUAAAAGGUACCAAGCAGCAUAAUCCACGGAAAUUCUAUUCUUUCUCCCGGAACAAC